AUGGCAUGUAACACACCUAACCAAAGACAGCGGACUAUGUCAACAUCUGGAGAAGCUCUAUAUGAAAUUCUUGGUCUGCAUAAGGGAGCAUCAAAUGAAGAAAUUAAGAAAACCUACAGAAAAUUGGCCUUGAAACACCAUCCAGACAAGAAUCCAGAUGAUGCAGGUGCUGCUGAGAGGUUUAAAGAAAUCAACAACGCCCACACAAUACUAACUGACACGUCAAAAAGAAACAUAUACGACAAGUACGGAUCACUGGGACUUUAUGUGGCCGAGCAAUUUGGAGAGGAAAAUGUUAAUACCUACUUCAUGCUGUCAAGCUGGUGGGCAAAGACUUUGUUUGUCAUCAUUGGCCUCUUGACCGGCUGCUAUUUCUGCUGCUGUCUCUGCUGCUGUUGCAACUGCUGCUGUGGACACUGCCGGCCUAAGUCAUCGAUGCCAGAAGAGGACUUCUAUGUGUCCCCAGAGGAUCUUGAGGAGCAGAUCAAGACUGACAUAGAAAAAGAUAUGGACUUUCCAGUUGUCCUCCAGCCUACAAACGCAAAUGAGAAAACACAGCUAAUCAGAGAAGGACCUCGAAGUUAUUGUACAGACUCUUAAUAUUGAGCCCAUUGAGGGUCCACAGUACCUCCUCUUGGUUCGGUCAUGUCUCCAGGUGGUCUUGAUGGGGGAUGGUAGGGGACAUGAAAUGCUGUGAACUUUUCCACAUUUGUAUUUUACUUUUAGGUUAAGGAAAGAUGAUUGCUACAUAAUUUUCUCAGUAUGCAGAUUCACUCUUUGAGUAGAACUCCUAAUGGAAACACACAUUCCAUUUUAAUGAAUAAAGGCCUGAAGAGUUGUUUUAUGCUCCUUGUAUGAGGUAAGACAGUGGCAUUGGACAGGCUUAUGAGCCUGCCCUUUAUGUGAGCCAGACCUCGUUCCUUAUAGACUAAAGUAGUAUUUCAAAACCGAAGCCACUUUUCAUCUAUUUAACUAAAUGUAGUAUUCAUAUCUGCCUUUAAAUAUCAACAGCAAAACAUACAUGAGAAUUUAGGAGGAAUAUUUUGUGUGUGUGGAGAUUUUUCCUGUCGUAUUCAAUAUGGCUACAGAAAUAUUUCAAAGGCAAGAAGAAAUUAUUAGGUAAAGACAAAUCGUAUUAUUUUAAAGUAUAUUUUUGAAAGAUUACAAAUUGUCACUUACUGAAAACUGACAAAACCAGGAAGGAAGAAGUUUUGUGUGUACUUGUAGAUAGGCAUAAAAACAAAAACAAAAUUUCAGCCUGGUUAAAUGUUAUAAAUGAUCCAGAAAGUAAUUCUGGGCCCAAACCAGCCCCAAACAAUGUGUUUAACAAUUUUAAGUUAAAAUAAUUUUUGUCCAACAGGCUUAGAUUAGCCAGACUAAGAAAAAGAAACACAUGAGGUAAAGGACAGAGUUCUAAAUUCUACAGCCUAAAUUUAAAUUUAACGGCAUAUCACUCACCCCAUCUUCAGUGGGAUUAAUAACACUGACCAGAAAAUGCUCUGCUCUGUGCACGUUGAACAUUUAUGCUCAGAGGUCAUCUCUGCAUUUACUUGUUUGAACCUUAUAUUCAUCACGUGGAAGAAACCAUAUGCUAUUUCUAAAAUAGUAAGCAGCAAGUGUUUGUUUUUUUCCAGGUCUUCCUUAGUUCUUUAUGUAAUAUUACAUUUUUCAAGAUCUUGUUAUGUUUUUAUGUAACACUGCAUGAAAUGCCGUUUCCUUUUUUUCUUUGUUUCUUAUUCUGCCUCACCACGAAAUUACCGUUAAUUAAAGUUAAAUAUACAUUG